CCUGGGAGGCUGCCAUGGCCGGGGCCCGCCUCCACCCAGCCCGAGGCGAGUGGUGCUGGCCGUCAGCGCCUGGCCAGCAGUGCUGGCUUCAUGCCCUGCCUAGGCCGCGCCUCCGAGACUCCUGCCUGCGGCACCCGCGCCCAGGGCCCUGCGGAUCCCCACCUAUUCAGCCCCCGGCCUGCCCAGGUCCUGGAUGAUCCCCCCACGCAAGACGGAUCCCUUGUCCUCUGGCGAGGAUUCUCCAAGACACCUCACCACAUGGGCCGGCUCAGAAACGCCAAAAUCCACGUGGAGAGAGCUGUCAAGCAGAAGAAGAUCUUUAUGAUCCAAGGCCGCUACCCAGUGAUCCGGUAUCUCUUACGCCGGAGAGGCUGGGUAGAGAAGAAGAUGAUCCAUCCUCCGGGCACUGCCUUAAUGCCAUCCCAGAAGGAUCUGGACAGCUCAAUGCUAGGUGAUAGUGACACCACUGAGGAAGGUCUGGGCUCUGCAUACAUUGAAGAUGAAGAAGAGCAUUAUCAACAAACACAGCUGUUUGACUUAAAUGGCCUUCUGGAAUUUGAUGACCUAGAUGGGACACAUGCUUUGAUGUCCCGCAUGGUUCGGAAUGAGACACCUUACCUUAUCUGGACCACCCGGCGAGAUGUGAUGGACUGUCGCUUCCUCUCUAAGGAUCAGAUGAUAAACCACUAUGCUCGAGCUGGCUCCUUUACUACAAAGGUGGGUCUGUGUCUCAAUCUCCGGAACUUGCCCUGGUUUGAUGAGGCUGACGCUGACUCCUUCUUCCCACGUUGCUACCGCCUGGGUGCUGAAGAUGACAAAAAAGCCUUCAUAGAGGACUUCUGGCUGACAGCUGCCCGCAACGUUCUCAAGCUGGUGGUGAAGUCGGAAUGGAAGUCAUACUCUGUCGAAAAAGAAAAGGAAGAAGCCGCAAGAGAGAAGAACCUCAAGAAUCAGGAAAAAAAGCUCAUGACAGUGUCCCCAGAGUUUGUGGAUGAGGCCUUGUGUGCAUGUGAGGAGCACCUUAGCAACCUGGCUCACAUGGACAUCGACAAGGACCUGGAGGCUCCACUGUACCUCAGCCCUGAGGGCUGGACCCUCUUCCUCCAGCGCUACUAUCAAGUGGUCCAUGAGGGGGCAGAACUCAAGCAUCUGGAUGCACAGGUCCAGCGCUGUGAGGAUCUCCUGCAGCAGCUUCGGGCUGUGAUGCCUCAGAUUGAUAUGGAAGGGGACCGCAACAUCUGGAUCGUGAAGCCAGGAGCCAAGUCUCGUGGACGAGGCAUCAUGUGCAUGGACCACCUGGAGGAGAUGCUGAAGCUAGUGGACUGCAACCCCAUGAUGAUGAAGGAUGGCAAAUGGGUGGUACAGAAGUAUAUUGAGCGCCCCCUGCUCAUCUUUGGCACCAAGUUCGACCUGAGACAGUGGUUCCUGGUGACCGACUGGAACCCACUUACUGUGUGGUUUUACCGCGAUAGCUACAUUCGCUUUUCCACACAGCCCUUCUCCCUAAAGAACCUGGACAACUCUGUGCACCUCUGCAACAACUCUAUCCAGAAGCAUCUGGAGAACUCCUGCCAUCGCCAUCCCAUGCUACCCCCAGACAACAUGUGGUCCAGCCAGAAGUUCCAGGCCCACCUGCAGGAGAUAGGGGCACCAAAUGCUUGGUCCACUGUCAUCGUGCCUGGCAUGAAGGCUGCUGUGAUCCAUGCGCUUCAGACCUCCCAAGACACAGUACAGUGUCGGAAGGCCAGCUUUGAGCUCUAUGGUGCUGACUUUGUAUUUGGUGAGGAUUUCCAGCCCUGGUUGAUUGAGAUCAAUGCCAGCCCCACCAUGGCACCCUCCACAGCUGUCACAGCCCGGCUCUGUGCCGGUGUACAAGCAGACACCUUGCGAGUGGUCAUUGACCGGCGGCUGGAUCGUAACUGUGACACAGGAGCCUUUGAACUCAUCUAUAAGCAGCCUGCAGUGGAGGUGCCCCAGUAUGUGGGUAUCCGGCUCCUGGUGGAGGGUUCCACCAUCAAGAAGCCCACAGCACUGUGUCAUCAGCGGAUGGGGGUCCGCCCAUCAUUCCCUCAUCUGCUAACCCAGCAAGGCUCUGGGGAAGGCAAGGAGCUGGGGACCCCUACCCACAGGUCAGCUUCCAGGAAAGUUGCUGGGUCCAGGAGCCAGGGGCACAUUGAGAAGCCAGGCUCCACUGCUACCACCUCCGUCCCCGGGAAGGGGAAGAAAGGCAAGGCCCUGAUGACUAUACCAACGGCCAAGGUUAUGAUUUCCCUUCCACCAGACUCUGACCUCAAGAUGGCACCCAGCAUCCCAAAACCAAGAAAGGCUGUUGCUCCCAAGCGCCUUCGAGGUCCCCAACCUGCCCGUGUCUUGUGGCCUCAGACCUUUGAAGUCGGAACUCUUCCCAGCACCCAUAGGAAGGUCAAGGGCAAAGGCAAGUUGAAGGCCAGACUCUGCGACAAACCCAAGGCGGAGGCAUACCCUGUGAAGAGGCUGGGCCAUCCUAUAUCCCUGCCCCUUACUGAUACAUUCCAAAAGCUGAGGGGUACAGAGGUUAUAAGGCUAGGGAAAUCUUGCUCUGUUCUUGUGGGGCACUGCCUCUGUCCUGGAUCUAGCACCAAAUAAAGAGGAGCAAACGAACUGUGGAAUUGUGGUAGGCUUUGGCUCCACCACUAUUGGGUGAAAAACAGAUGGGGUGAAGUCUCUACCCAACAGUCCAGAUCAAGAGCUAACAGCAGCCAUAAUUCCCACUUAGUGACAGACAUGGGACUUCCUGUUCAGAUACUUCCUUGGUAUGUCUGAGCCUUCACUUAUAUAUAUGAGGAAACUAAGUCUGAACAAGAAGAUGUGGCUUGACCAAGAUCACACGGCAGUGAAAAGUCAGGGACACAUUGCCAGACUGUGGACCACUGGGAAUCCCUAGCCCCAGAGGCUGGCAGAAUGACAUCCAGUAGGCAUAGAAACAUUUACGUUACAACACAGGGAAAAGGGUGGACCUUGAUGAAACCCCAGCCUUUCUCCAGAGGGUGUGGGUUUGUCCCUUUCUCAGCAACAGACUAAUAUCAGGUAAAAUGAAAUAUCCAACAAACCACACCUGUGUGUAAAAAUUUGGUAUUACCUAGUCUUAAUGGAUUGAAUGGUGGCCCCCUAAAAGAUAUGUCUGUCACCUGCAUGUAUGUCCUUAAACAGGUAAGGAGUUUUACAAUCUUGAGAUGAAAGCACCCAGAUUAUCUGAGUGGUCUCUAAACCCAACAAUAAACAUCUUUAUAAGAAUCAGAAGAGGGCUGGGGAUGUGGCUCAAGCGGUAGCGCGCUCGC